UCGGAAGUGAAGCACAGCGCCAUCUUGUGAGUCUGGCUGGUAAAACCGUCUGAGUAACCAGGAAAUUGUUAGAAAUCAUUGUACACGCAUCCUUCCGCCAACUGAGCGGACGGCUAUUAGGAUGAAGACCGUGGCCUCCGGCGAGUGAAACAAUAUGUCCCCCUCGGUUUGAAACCAACGGUCAACGUGACACCGCUCAGCCAAACCAGCCGGAUGCAGAGUGAAAAUCUGGUAGGAAGUGGACCACCGCAAGGGAAGCGUGUUGUUGCACGCAGCAGUGAAAAUGCUUGCUGGCGGUAGAUAUAUCUGAGGGGACAUUUUGUUGGGGAAAGGUCUCGGCACAGAGUGACGGGUCUCACCGGAGAACAGAAUGCUUCUGUGGCUAGCAGGCACUUGACUGGUUUGCUGUUAGCUAAAUUUAGCAUCUCCAACUCCUGAACCGGACUAUUUUCUUCCCAUUGAAACCUCAUUUUUAAAGACAAAAACCGGGAAAUGGAUUUUCCCGGCCACUUUGAGCAGAUCUUCCAGCAGCUCAACUAUCAGCGCAUCCAUGGCCAGCUGUGCGAUUGUGUCAUUGUGGUGGGCAGCCGACACUUUAAGGCUCACCGCUCGGUGCUGGCGGCCUGCAGCACCCACUUCAGAGCACUGUUCACGGUUGCGGAGGGAGACGCCAGCAUGAACAUGAUCCAGCUGGACAGCGAGGUGGUGACAGCAGAAGCUUUCGCUGCUCUGGUGGACAUGAUGUACACGUCAACACUGAUGCUGGGGGAGAGCAAUGUCAUGGAUAUUCUUCUUGCUGCUUCGCACUUGCACCUGAACAAUGUGGUGAAGGCCUGCAAACACUACCUGACCACACGGACGCUGCCCCUGUCCCCCUCGUCAGACAGGCCCUCCCAUCACCACCCUCAACAGGAGCAGCAGAGACACAGGCUGCAGCAGCAGGUGGGGGACUUGGGGGCUAACGCUAACCUCACAGCUUCAGCUGCGAAUUCCAAGCUGCAGCGCUCCUUCUUGCUGCAGCAGCUUGGACUCAGCCUGGUGAGCUCUGCUCUGGGAGGCAUGGAGGAGGAUGGCGUGGGCAGCAGAGUGGUUGAUCAGAGAGCCUCCUUCCCCACACGGCGCUUCCACAAACGCAAGCCUCCUCUAGGGAUGGGGCUUUCAGAGGAAAGACCCAGACAGAGACAGCGGCCCUCGGCCCCCAACCGGGGUCUGUUGGUAGAGAGUGGGGUUAACGCGGAGAGAGAGGACGGAGUGCUUCUGUCACCUGACUCCCACAAGAUGGGGGAUGAAUCCAAGUUAGACGGUGCGAUCACAGGGAUAGUGUCAACGCCUCAGGAUGACCCCCAGAUGCCGAGUCAGUCAGACAGCGGGCACUGUGAGGACGAGAGGAUGCAGGGAAGGGUGGGUAAGGAGGAGGACAUCAGUGACCAUGACCAUCAGGAUGAUGAAAGAGUUGGGAUGAAGAUCAAAUCAGGAACAGGGGAUGAAGAGGCUGAAGAGGAGGAGCAGAAGGUGGUUGUCAAGCGUGAGCCACUAAGUUCGCCUGAGCCAGCAGAUGAAAACAGCGACGUGACAUCGCAGGCAGAAGGCAGCGACCCGGCUGAGCCCGGAUGCCGGGAGGAAGAGGAAAAGGUGGAGCUGAGCCCAGAGAGCAGCGACCGCAGCUUUACCUCUGACCCCCAGCCCAGCUCCGAGCCUCUCCUGCAGUCCAGCUCGCAGCUGCUGCUCAAGAGCAGCAUGGCUGGAGGAGCCGGCGUCUCUGCAGGUUACGGCUGCAGCACCGCUCUGAAAAGCAAACCCGGUUUUAGCAUUCCCAGCUUCCUUGGACCGAAGGAUUUCAGGAGUGGCAGGUCGGGGUUGGUGGCUGGAGAAGAUAGCCUUCCCAACACGACGACUGGAGGUGCACAUCAUUUCCUUCUGAGACAGGAAACUGCCACACCUUCGGGCUCUGCCUCCUCCUCUGCUCUGCAGUCUGGAACACUCAGCGCUGAGAGCAGAAACAGUUUUGGAGAUAACCUGCAGCCAGACUCUCUGUUCCUCCGACCACUGCAUGACAGUUUAGGAAACAGUAGAGCCAGCGGAGGGGGAGCCGGCGGGAGUCGGGGAGGUGUAGAUCCCUUUGCCUUGGACUUCCAGCGGUCCAGUCUGGGCUUUCAUUCACUGGGCCGCCCCUCAACCGGAGCAGGAGGAGCAACGGCAAACAGUCUGGGUUAUCCAAGUUACAGGCGCAUCGCUCCAAAAAUGACUCCAGGGAUGGGCGGAGAAGAAGCUGUAGCAGGGAUUCUUCAGGAUGCCUCUUCCUCCUCCUCCAGCCUGGCUGGUCCUCUGCUUCUUAAUGAAAGCGGCGGGUAUGAGAUGAACAGCGGACGGCCCACCUCCCUCCCACCACACCUCACACGGGCGUCGGCCGACGUCCUGUCGAAAUGCAAGAAGGCGCUGUCAGAGCACAACGUCCUGGUGGUGGAAGGGGCUCGGAAAUAUGCUUGCAAGAUCUGCUGCAAAACUUUUCUCACCCUGACUGACUGCAAGAAACACAUCCGAGUCCACACAGGAGAGAAGCCCUACGCGUGUCUGAAGUGUGGGAAACGUUUCAGCCAAUCCUCGCACCUGUACAAGCAUUCCAAGACCACAUGUCUGCGCUGGCAGAACAGUAACAUGUCCAGCGCACUGCUGUAGAACGACUUCAGGGGGGAAAAACAAGGCGUUGCAAUCAGCGACGGGCUCAGUUUUAACUCUUAUAGUCUCACUUAUUUUUUUGUCAGAAUUGUUGGAUCAUAUCAUCUGCUUUUUUCUAAUAAAUCAUUCCUGAUCUCUGAAAAGAUAAGGAUCAUUUUGUUAUCAUACAUAUUGUUUCUGCUCUUCUAGCUCUCAAUUUGUUUUUAAGGCUUUAUUCUUAAAAAAAUAUAUAAAUAGGUUUAAUCCAUUGCACAUUACUGUGCAUACUCUCCUGUAUAAAUAUCAGGGGAUUAUGGAGAAAUGUAUUUUUUCGUAGGUUUAGAUAUCAGAACUUAAAACGCCUUAAAACUAUUUGGUUUAAAAAAAAAAGUUGAUCCGCUCUGAUGUUUCCAAGAUUUUAAGGAGGACUUUGAAUUACAGCCUUCACCUCUGAUCAACUCUUCCCAUACUCUAAGUCCAUUCUUACUGAGUCUUGUCGCAUGCACAGCAGUCUGUACUCUUCCAUACAGCAGCUUGCAAAGACUUUAUACCUCCUGUACCUUUUACAUCUUGUAAAUCUACAGCCACUAUCAUUAUUUUAUUGGGAUUUUGUGUGAAACAAAGAAGUCAUAUUUGUGAAACAGAAGUUAAAUAACUUUUUAACACGUUUUACUAAUGAAAGUCUUUGUUGCGUGCAUUAAUAUACGUUUGUCACUUUUUCUUAGUAGUGAUAUUUAUGAAGUGCAGAUGUAAUUGUUGUACAGUCAAAAGCUUGACCUGUCUGAACUGUUGAGUGCUACAUCUCGUAUAGAAUCAGCAUGGACCUCCAGUUCUCUUUGUUUCCAUUUGCAGAUGAAGGAUUGAACAGAGCUCUAAGAUGUCCAAAGCUUUGGUUAUUGUUUUAUGACCAAACUGCUUUAAACUUCUCCACAGAUUUCUCCCUGACCGGUCUUCUAUAUUUGGUCAUGAUUUUAUUUCUUCACUAAUGUUCUCUAACAAAACCUCUGAAGCCUCCACAGAACAGCUGCAUUUAUCUGGACAUUAAAUUAUACUCAGAUAUUUAAUAAUUAGAUUCAGAAGGCAAAUUGGCUGCACUGCAUUUAUUUAGGAGUAUCAAAAUAAAAUGUACUGAAUAAAAAUGCACCUAACACUUCAAAGUUUAUCACCACUUGGUGUUAAUUUGUCACAUAAAUCCCAAUAAAUAUGUUGAAGUUUGUGGCUCUAAGGUUUAAAUGUUGGAAUCUUCAAGGGGUAUGAAUACUUUUUGAAGGCGCUGUACACUUUGGAGAAAGUACAUGUGCUCUGUGUGCCAGAUAUUUAUGUGAACAUGAAGGUGGGAUAUAUGAAACAGAUCAAUUUACUUGUUGAAAGUUUCAACAACAGAUGAAAACUGUAUAGUCAACAACUAAUAUGAGUGGAUUUUAGUGGUUCACUUACAAGAACAGUGGCUUAAAGCAUUUCUACUUGAUUAUCUCUUGAUAAUCGCUAAUAGUUUAUGUAGUCAUAUCCAUUUCUAAAACUGAGUUAAUACCCAACUUUGCUUUUAUAUUUAAAGAUUGUUUUGCUUUUACUAGGAUUUGCAGUUCAUUGCCAAUCACUGAUUGGUUUGAGAAAUGAAAAACUUUACAUUUCUCUCAAAUCUCAGCAGUUUGUGUUGGACAGAUUUACUUUAGAGUAAAGUUACAUUGUAAAACAAGUACUAACUAAUAUAAAGUAUUAAUGGUGCCAUUUUUAUGAGUUUCUCUGGAAACCCCACUGUAAAUAGAUUCUUUUAGUGUAAAAUUUUCCAGUUUAUUUAUAUUGUUGUUUAUGACUAAUGUACAAAAGUUGAGCUGAGAUCCAAAAAAACAUCACUUACAUAAUGCUGUGAUGUAAUGCUGUGUUUACUGAUUUAAAUGUCUUUUUUUGUUGGAUCGGAGUUUAGUGCAUCUUUUAAUAGAUUCUUUGAAAAAGAAGAACAUUUCUCACUCAACUGAUUAUCAGUUUGUUUGCUUCCACCUCAGAGUUGGCUCAAAUCAUUUACAUAAUAUCUCUGUUACUGUACUAGAAGUCAUUUUUAAAAACACUCAUCUCUUUUUUCAGUUCUUGAAAUGUAAUCAAAGCGCUUAGACAAAUCAAUCAAAUCUUUGUUAUGUAUAACUAAUAUGUUUUCUGGAAUGCUAAGAUAUGUAUAAUUUAUUGAUCCAACUUGUCCAAAUCUCUUGUGAGGCAGUUAGGGGUUGGUAUGAAGUUCUCAUGGUAUAAAUAUUUUCAGUAGAAAAACAGUUUCAAGGUUUCAACUCCACCCAGCUCAUUUCUGUACAGCUGUAGCUGUAAAACAUUGUUACCUUAAUAAGAAUGAUGUAGAUUUCAUACAUUCUCUAUUUUGUAUUUUUUUAGGUUUUUAUGUAAUAACUGGAGUUAUUUAGAUUAUUUAAUAACAGCUGACUAUGUUUUCUGUGUAGGUCAGGACAAAGUGUUCCUAUCUCUUUUCAGCCAGCUGAUCAGCAGUUCUCUGCAGCAGCCAGAGAAAACUCUGCUCACUUCAACGCUUUCUUUCUGAGUUUGCAUCAUAGAAACUAUAAGAUAGAGAAAAAAAGAUUUGUGGAUACAUUGCCACUGUUUAAAGCCUCAGUUUACCUCAUUAACAGGAAACCGCUCCAUCGCUACGUUUAUGCUAGGCGUCAUACCCAAACGUUCAGCCUUACGUUGUUUUUGGGGGGUUUGGGGAUUUUCCAGCAAGCAGGCAAUUAUACAAUUAACUCAUCCACAAAAGUUAAAUCAGUGAAGUACUAUUUCACAGUUAAUAUUUUUGAAACAAGCAUAUUUCUUCAUUAGAUUUUAAAAAAAAACAUUUACAUCCAACGUGCUCAGAUCUAAUACUUCAUAUUUACUGUUAUUUACAUUAACAAUUUAAAAGAAACAAACUUGCUGAGAAGAACUCUGACUAUCAGAUUGAUUUAUAUCAGUUUGGCUUCUUCUGUUGGUUUUAAAUAAGAGUAAUGUCAUUGGACUAGACUGUUUAUUGUACAGUUCUGUUUUAGUGAAUUAAAAAAGCAAAAACAAACAUGUCUGUCUGUCUAUAUUCUUAAUCACUGGAUAUAUUGUGAUGUUGGUCAUUGACUUUAAGCUGGUCGGCAUCUUAUAAUAAAGUCGUUACACUGUCAGCUUGUAUAGUUAAACAUUUUUUAUUUAAUUUCAUGAGACAUAUUGGCACCUUGUUACAGAAGAAAAACCUGGUUUUAAAAAAUGAAGCUAACACAAAUUGUCAGAUUAAAUGUUUCUGAGAUAUAAUCCAGUGGUGACGUUGCUGUUUGGUGUGUGAGUUUAAAGUGGCAAGUGAUGGUUAAAUGUAUGAUGUAACUCAGUAACAUUCUUGGGGAAAAAAUGUUUUCUUGUAAGAAAUAAAGAGGUGAUGAAGUGAA